AUGGAGGCCGGCGCAGGUGAUGGAGGCGGGGGAGGGCGCGGGGUGCGGGGUGGGGCGGGGGUACCGCAUCGGGUACCCCACCGCACCGGGUACCCCACCGGGCCCCGCACCGCCGCCGCUCACCGUCCGCUCUCUCCCUUCCCCGGCAGGUCGCUGAGUCCCCCACCCCGGCGCUGCCGCCCCCGACAUCGGCGGGGCCCCGCGCAGUUCCCUGUGCCCAGGACUCGUGGCACCGCGGCCAUGUCCGUGCCGGGGAGCAGACGCGCGUCCACAGGAUCACGAAGGCGCCCCUCGCCCCCCGGGAGGGACACCUACGGCACCUCCUCGCUGAGCAGCAGCAGCAAUUCUGGCUCCUGCAAGGGCAGCGACAGCAGCCCCACCCCAAGGCGCUCGUCCAAGUACAACCUCUGCAGUGACAACCAUGGGAUAAAGCCACCGACGCCAGAGCAGUACCUGACUCCCCUGCAGCAGAAGGAGGUCUGCAUCCGGCACCUGAAGGCUCGCCUGAAGGACACACAGGAGCGGCUGCAGGACAGGGAUGCUGAGAUCGAGGACCUGAAGACGCAGCUGUCACGGAUGCAGGAGGACUGGAUCGAGGAGGAGUGCCACCGCGUGGAGGCCCAGCUGGCGCUGAAAGAGGCCCGCAAGGAGAUCAAGCAGCUGAAGCAGGUCAUCGACACGGUGAAGAACAACCUACUGGAGAAGGACAAAGGCCUCCAGAAGUAUUUUGUGGACAUCAACAUCCAGAACAAGAAGCUGGAGACGCUGCUGCACAGCAUGGAGGUGGCACAGAAUGGGGCGCUGAAGGAGGAGGGCGCCGGCGAGUCGGCCGGGGGGUCCCCGGCCCGAUCCCUCACCCGCAGCUCCACCUACACCAAGCUGAGCGACCAGGGAGCCGGGGACCGCAACGUGGGGGGCUCGCAGACCAUCUCGCUGGACGAGGGGGCCGACAGCGGCUUCGUGGGGAUGGAGGAGGCUCCGGGCCACACGGACCCGCUGGAGGUGGGGGGUGAGCUCGGCACCCGCCUGCCCCCCAGCAACACCUACGAGAAGGUGCUGGGACUGCGGAGCAGCGUGGAGGCAGGGGUGCAGGCCAGCUGCAUGCAGGAGCGGGCCAUCCAGACGGACUUCGUGCCCUGCCAGCCCGACCUGGACACCAUCCUAGAGAAAGUGAUGAAGUCCCAGGCUUGCAGCUUGGGCAGCCCCACCUCUGCCUGGGUCUCUGAAAUGGAAGACACGAUGCCCGUCCCCGAGCUCGCCAACCCCACCGGGACCACGGACCUGAUGGUGGCCGAGCCCGACGCCGCGACGGCGGCUGCCAGUGCCGAGGGGGGUGUCCCCUGCAACCCGGCGGUGCGGCAGCCCCGCAGCUCCAGCCCCUCGGUGGCCAUCGCCUGCGUGGCGGAGGAGGAGCUGACGGAGGUGACCGGCUGCGAGACCAACCCUUCCAAGAGCUACUGGAGCCGCCACUUCAUCGUGGAUCUGCUGGCGGUGGUGGUGCCGGCGGUGCCCACGGUGGCCUGGCUGUGCCGCUCGCAGCGGCGGCAGGGCCAGCCCAUCUACAACAUCAGCUCGCUGCUGCGGGGCUGCUGCACCGUCGCCCUGCACUCCAUCCGCAGGAUGGGCUGCCGCCCCGUCGCCAGCCCCGGCCCCGGAGGCACUGCCCAGCCCUGA